AAUUGAUAAAGAUAAAUUGACGAUGAUUACACAUAAUAUUUUGGGUAGACAACACUUGCAGAUAAAUUUUUGUGGCAGUCUGUGAAGCAGCUGAUUGAGAUAAAAAAAUGUAAUGUUAGAUUUAUUUAGACUAAAAGCCCAACUAUAAACUCUCACAUUGUAAUUGUUUAUUAAUUAUACUUUUUAUGGAAAUGGAAGAACAUUUUCAAAUACUGCGUAGCAGUAAAGGCAAGCGGAAAAGCUUGCAACAAAAUAUUUACCUAAAAGUUAAACCUACAAGACAGCAAAUUCAGAACACUACAAAAAAAUUACCAAAUAAUGCACAAAAAGAUAAAUUUAAUGAGGAUUGCUGCAAUAUUGCCGAAGAAAUUUGGUACUAUGUGUCUCAGUAUAUACCCCCUGAAGACAUACGUUCCUUUGCGUUAAUUUGUAAACAAACAGCUGCAUUGGUAAACUCCGUAUACUUUUGGAAAAACAUUUAUCAACGCUAUGUACAUAAGAAGAAAAAAACUGGUGAUAUUUGCGAAAAGUUAAUUCCACAAUUUCAAAUCAAAGAUAUGAGCCCUUCGGAUAUAAAAUCCUUACGUGCUAAUGUUAUAAAAUAUCUUUAUCUAUAUUAUGAGCCACUUUCUGGAAGACUGGAUAGCUUCGACUCUCUCCAAUAUUUAAUAGGACGCAUAUACUGUGCAUCUUGGUACGUUGAAGUUACCGAAUUGUAUAUUAUGUGUUUUAAACUAAAAUCUCAUUACGCACAUAACGUUAUUGAAACGCCAAAAAAAACCGAGGCAGUGGUAGAUGAUUGGGAGUCGUUAUCAGAUGAACACAACAAGGAUGAUACUACAACCAUUCCUAAAUUUUGUAAUCCAAAUGAGGGUGAAUGGAUAUUAGCGAUAUUUUGCAAUUAUUUAAAACCAUUUCCUUCACAUCUUUUGUACGGAAACUGUAAUGCUUGCCGUCUGAUAUCUGUGAAAAAAUUUUUAGGUGCAGGUAUGCGAAUCAAAGGAAUAUGUUUAGAAUUUUCUGAUACAAUUAGUAAUGAGAAAACUAUUGUUAAGUAUCCACAUGCGUUGUGUAAUGCCGUCUAUCCUUGGUGGUCUAUCGAAUUUAAAUAUCUUGUAGAAAGUGAUUCUGAAAAGUAAAAAUAAAGUUAUCUAUAAUAAUUUAUUUGUUGUUACCAAGCAUACAUUUCAAUAAUCUAUUUUAUAUUAAAGUGAAUUAUUCGCAUCUUAAAGCAGUUUUAACAAAUUCAUACAAUUUACAAUUGAUGUAUU